AAAAGCAAAAGUAAGUCUAACUUCGAGGACACGCCCUGAAGAAUCGCUAUGGGAUAUCAAUCAGCAUGAUAGAAAGUCGUUGAAGUAAAGUAGCCCUUCGUUUGAUCACUCGCAGGCCAAAGUGUUCUACCAGUUCGACGGUAUGGCUGUGAUGUAAAAGAAAGCUAAGCUCCCAGUAAACAGAAGAACUCUUGUCUCCUUUGCGAACAAACCGGCUUCGGCUAAUUGCACCGCAAAGACUCUUUCCAAUUGAUCAAACGCAAGAUCCAUUUUUGAAAGAGCGCGGUGCGUGCCCUCAGCUCGUCCACGAGAUCUUGGGAGGGCGGGAUCUGCGCUGCGGCUGCUGGACUCGCACGGGAGGACGGCUGGCUGGGGGAGCGUGGUCUUGUCAGCUCAACGCUAUUUUCGGACUGCUUCAAGUGAUCCCUUUGCGUUCAGGUUCAUGUGCGAACGAUGGCUCUGGAUAUGAAAAUCAAGGGCCUGUUGUUGAAAACGCUGGAAGACCUGGGGCAGGACGACUUCAAGAAGUUCAAGUUUUAUACGGACCUGCCCGAGAGCGUCAAAGAAAACGCAGACCGGAUUGACAUCGCCGCACAGCUGAUGAACAGGCACGGCAAGAACGCGGGGGAGAAGACCAUCGAGAUUCUGGAGAAGAUCAACAACUACAACCUGGCCAAGAAGCUGCGCAACGACCUGCCGCAAAUCACAGGUAGCAUCUCCUCAGUGGAUAACGAGCAGAUCGGCAAAUUCAAGCGGGAGCUGCAAGAGAACCUGCGGAAGAUCUACCUCCACGUUCCCGAGGGCAACACGAUGUACAGCCAGCAGGAGCCUUUGGAGAACGUCUACACCAAGCUCAACAUUACCCGCAGCGUCGUCGGUCUCCCCGACAAGCAGCACGAGGUCCUUCAGAUGGAGAUGUGCGGCGUGGCCGAGGAGGAGUCCAUCCAGCCGUGCGACAUCUUCCAAAGCCAGAUGCCCCUUCGCACGAUGCUCACCGUGGGCUUCGCGGGCAUCGGGAAGACUUUCCUGGUGCGCAAGUUUGUCCUGGACUGGGCCAGCGGGGAAACCAACACAGACGUGGACUUCAUCUUUCCCUUUGCCUUCCGCGAGUUGAACUUGGAGGAGGAGAAAAGCUUUUCGCUGGCGGAGCUCAUCCGACUCUUUGUCUGGGAGAGCAAGGCCAUCAAGUUGCUGGACCACAUCUUGGUCAGUCUGCAAGAGUCGGACAACUACCAGUCCAGCGAGAUCAAGCUUUUGUUUGUGCUGGACGGCCUGGACGAGUCUCGCCUCAAACUGGACCUGAGCGACGAGCGCAAGAAGCGCCUGGAUGUGACCCGAGCCUACCCCGUGGAGGUGCUCCUGGCGCAUCUCAUCAAGGGGAACCUGCUUCCCUGCGCCCGGGUUUGGAUCACCACGCGGCCCCAGGCGGCCCACGACAUCCCGCCGCGCCUGGUGGACGGCAGAACCGAGGUGAAAGGCUUCAGCGACUCCCAGAGGCUGGACUACUUCAGGAAGAGGUUCCCCGGCGAGGAGGACCUCAUCAAGCACAUCCAGAAGUCCCGCACCAUUUUGAUCAUGUGCCACUUGCCCAUCUUCUGCUGGAUCACCGCCACCAUUCUCCAAGACUGUCGGGAUGCCAGAAAGGAGCUGCCCGAAACCCUGACCGAGAUGUACACAGAGUUCCUGCUCUAUCACCUGGACAAGUCCAAGGAGCGAGACAGCCAGAAGAGCACGGACUACGUCAAAGCGCUGGCCAAGCUGGCUUUUCACCACCUAAUGAAAAAGCAACAGAUCUUCUACGAGAGGGACUUGCGGGAAAGCGGCUUGGAUGACCCGCAGGAAGCAAAACACUCGGGAGUCUUCACCGUGGUCUUCAAGGAGGUACCCCCGCUCAAGAAAUACCAACGCAAGAUGUUUCAGUUCAUCCACCUGACUGUCCAGGAAUAUAUGGCCGCUCUUUACGUAAUGAUGAGCCUGUUCCAGGACAACAAGAACGUGCUGGACGAUUACAUGUGGACGCUGAAAGGCCUCCUGUUGUUUUGGAAGCAGAAGCAGCUCACUUCGGUACACGAGGCGGCCAUCCGCUUGGCCUCCGAGAGUGAGGGAAACCUGGACUUGUUCCUCCGCUUCCUGCUGGGCCUCUCCUUGCAGUGCAACCAGGAUCUCCUGGGUGAGUUGCUGAAGGUUCCUGAGAACUACAGACACAGCAAGGCAGAAACGGUCCGCUUGAUCAAGCGACAGAUGAAGUGGAAUUCUCCCGAGGAGAACAUCAACUUGUUCUACUGCCUGAAGGAGCUGAAGGACGAGUCCCUGCUGGAGCAGAUCCAACAAUACCUAAAUGAAUUCCGGCGGGACCCUGAGAACGUACCUCCGGCCAUGUGGUCGUCCCUGGUCAUCUAUUUGCGGGCUUCCGACGAAGUCAUGAGCUGCUUCCAUCUCCGGAAAUACGCUCCGUCCGAGAAGGGGCUCCUGAUGCUGCUGCCGGUGGUCAAGGCUUCUCAAAAAUCAGUGCUCUGGAACUGCAAGCUGAGCAAGAAAAGCUGCAAGGCGCUGGCCUCCGUUCUAAGCUCGUCCCGCACCCUGAGCCAUCUGGAUCUCAGCAGGAACGACUUGUGUGACGACGGGCUGGAGGCGCUCGCCGCCGGACUGGCAAAGCCGCAGUGCACCUUGCAAGUUCUCAGUCUCAGGUUUUGCCUGCUGAGCAAGAGAAGCUGCGAGUUGCUGGCCUCCGUUCUAAGCUCGCCCGGCAGCCUGAGGGAGCUAGAUCUCGGCUCCAACUACUUCUGCGACGACGGGCUGGAGGCGCUCGUCGCCGGACUGGCAAAGCCGCAGUGCACCUUGGAAGUUCUCAGGCUCGGGAACUGCAACCUGAGCAAGAAAAGUUCUGAGGCGCUGGCCUCCGUUCUAAGCUCGCCCUGCAGCCUGAGGGAGCUGGAUCUCAGCCUCAACGACUUGUACGAUGACGGGCUGGAGGCGCUCACCGCCGGACUGGCAAAGCCGCAGUGCACCUUGCAAGUUCUCUGGCUCCAGAGAUGCAUGCUGAGCGUGGAAAGCUGCGAGGCGCUGGCCAAGGCUCUCCGGUCCAACCCUUCUCACCUCCAACAGCUGUACCUGUGGGGCAAUCUCAUCGGAGAGCAAGGAAAGCGGGCCUUGAAGGAGAUCCAAAAGGAUUCUCGCUGCAGUGUGAAGAUCGAGUGGAGGGUUGAUGUGACGCCGUUGACGACAGCCUUGGAUCCUUGAGGAGAGUUCUGAGCACGAGUGGAUGGAUGGAUGUGGAUGCAUGCAGAAGCUCGCGAAGGAUGCCUUUCCCCUGGAGCGUUUGGCUGAGGACGCCCGCUGUCCAAACGGAAACAGCAAAGCCUGUCCUUCACGUUAGUUGCUUGAUUCUCCGAGCGAUGAUAAGGCAUAAAUAUUUCCACAUUUCACAAAUAAGACGUGAAGUCCAACACAGACGUGUGCUCCUGACACUCUCCUGCCAUCCACACUCGUGGUGGGCGGGCCUUGACCCUUGACCCUCCACUUCCUCGCAUCAUUUGACCUGCUGGCCGACCAAUGGUGAAUGUUGAUGCCAAUAAUAAUUGCAAUCAUCAUGCCUUCAAUUGACUUGUUUUUGAAUGCAUUUUGAUGACUAAAGCGCCACGAGUUGUAGAAUGAA